CAAUACGAGAAAUCAUUUUAAUUUGAUCGAGCAAGUGAAUACACCAUGGUGCUUAAAAUGUGGAGCGUAUUGCUGAUUGUAGCAGCAAUUAUUUACACCGGAAGUUGCCAGUGUCCAGUUGGUCCCUCUUUGAAGAUUUGCGAAGCAGGCAGACCAUGUCCAAUUGGCUACUACUGCCAUGAUCAGCAGAUCAAUAUUCAGGGGCACUGCUGUCGUCAAGUUUGUUGGCACGGAGCUCCCAUUACCGAUAACUACGGACGGGUCAUCGAGUGUGGUCCGGGACAGAGGGGAAUCUGUCCCGACACCGCCACAUGUACCCCGACCGGAUCAUAUGGCGCACGGUCAGUCUGUUGUCACAUUCGUAUGACAAUUGGUUAGUCCGACAUCGUUUGCCGAACCGUUCAAUUAAUAUAUUAACUUGAACCUGGAAUAAAAAAUAAAGUAAAACAGUGCAAAUGAUCGACACUCUUGUGUUAUUUUAUAUUGUCCGGGAACGUGA